GCUCAAUACUUUCUUUCCAGACACCCCAAGACGAACGCGAACGAUUUCUAAAAUUACUCACUUCUCCCGAUGAAGUCAAGACGAGUUCUCCAUAAACUCAGCCCUACGAACUAUGAGCUAGUGUUAGACUCAAUUUCAAUUGAAUCCAUUCAAGAAUUCGACUUCGACUUUGCUAUACCGAACUGAUACAGAGCAAAACCACCUCUCUUCCUAUCUAUCUGCAUUAAUACAUACUACGUAUGAAGCUAGUCUAUCUUGGCCAGUCGUUAUGGCGUGCGAUACGGUAUUCGGAAUUGUGCCAUUUUCGGUUGGUCAUAGACCUGGUAGAGAUCCAUAGCUUUUAACUAUUUAGGUCGCCAUGUAAUAACACAUGUGGGAUGUCGGAUUUGUGACAAUCAAAAGAUUGCUUUCUGUUCAAUGUUAUAGGCUUGUUUGAGUGAGCAGGCUUAGAGUAGAGGAACAGGAUGUUGUUUUCUGUAUGCGCAGAUGCUAAUGACCAAUCUUUGGGACCUAAUGUCCUGGGCUGUCGAGGUGACUUUGACUUCACAGUUAGAUUUGAGCAGUUGUUCUUCUCACUUGCUCCUGCGGCCAUUUUCAUCCUCUCGUCGCCAUGGCGGAUUGCCUAUCUCAUACGAAAGCCUACUAUCGUAGGUGCACCGUUGCUACGGCUAGCCAAGCUUGGUGCUCUCGUGUCGUAUGCCUCUCUUGAGCUUUCACAACUUAUCUUGAUCACCGUGCUCCCUUUUGGCGCUAGCAAUGUUGAUAUUAUCUCCUCCGUGCUUCGCCUUGCUGCAGCUCUCUGCAUGAUUGGUCUCUCUUACUUUGAUCAUAGCAAGUCACCAAGACCUUCUAUCUUCUUGAGCGCCUAUCUCUUCUUUACACUUCUAUUCGAUAUUGCACAGGCUCGAACUUAUUGGUUGGCUUCCUCAACUCGACCAGAAAUUGCCUUCACCGCUAUCUUUACGGCCGCACUAGCUAUGAAAGUCGCCAUGCUCUUGCUUGAGGCCCGGCGAAAAGCAAGAUGGAUUGCCUGGAACUCAAAAGACCACAGCCCCGAAGAAACCAGCGGUAUAUACACUCUAGGUGUUUACUUCUGGCUCAAUAAACUCUUCCUUGAAGGGUAUCAUAAGGCCUUAGGAAUACGCGACCUGUAUCCUCUAGACCAAAAUGUGGCUGCCAAGCGUCUCUCUGAACGCUUCUCGCAUCAUAUCAAUAAAGCCAAACGUAACGGUCAUGAAAUCGGACUCAUGAAAGUCUUGGUUAAAACUCUAUUUCUCCCUAUGAUACUUCCAAUUCCAGCGAAGCUUGCGACAAUUAGGUUCUUUUUCUGCCAGCCUCUAUUCAUAAACAAUCUCACUAGCCGCUUGUUACAAUCUGAACCGGCACCUUUCCUUCUAUUUUAUAUUCGUACAUUUACAGCUAUUAAUAUAAAAGCGUGAAAUAUAUUCGUUUUUUUAACAGUGGUAACCCC